AUGGCCUUCCCUCUUGGGAAAAUCUUCCAAUUAUUUUUAAUUUUAUUACUCGCUUUGAGUUGUGAAGCAAAAAAGCGUCCACCAUUAGAAAUUGAACCAGAAUUUCGUGUUGAUGAAGUUAGUGAACAAAAUGCUCUUAAAUUUGAGCUUGACAAGUGUGCUUUUUAUUGUUUUUUUGUUCCGUUAAAGGAUAACGUCCAAAUUGACCUUCAUUUCUACAAGAACAUAAGCUGUUCUGACAUAGUUUAUGGCUUUGCUGAAGUAAACGAUAAUGGACUUAAAUUGCCAACAAAACUGGAUUUAAUUCCCCAUUCAUAUUAUGGCAAUUUUAAAUUAAUAACGUCGUUACAGUUAAUUUCUACUUCUCCACGUGUGCUGCUAGGAAUGAAAAUGGCAUCCAACGCUCAUUUCCUUGACCUAAAACGCCCAGAAUUGGCUCAAAAUGUAACUCGUCGAAUGGUUUUCUUUACCAAACGUUAUGGAUUUAGUGGAAUAUUUUUAAAAUUUGAUUCUGAUGUUUUGCUAACGCCAGGGUUUGAACAAUUUGUUGAGCUACUAGGUGAUGAAAUUAAAAAAGAAAAGAAAAGGUCUGGGAUGAGAAAAUUAAGAUUAAUACUUUCUAUAAGUUCAAAUUGGGUUAAAUAUGUAUAUCGAAGAAUGCCUAAAUUUGACGCUUAUUUUGAUGCUUUUUAUUUGUGGGCUGAUGAAAUUAGCUCUACCAGUGAAUUUCCUAUACCCUCUGUGGCUGUUCCAGUGGACCCUUUGCACAAUUCAGAGCUUGUGCCUUUAAAGGAUUCGUUAGCUCGAAAUGCUGAGCACCUUGCGGGAUCAGGCGUUCUUCGAAAGAAAAUAAUUAUUGGUUUGAGCACUUGGGCUAGAAGCUAUUUUAUUAGAAAAAAUGAAGAAUCAAAAAUGCCGGAAGUUGAAAGUUUAGUGUAUUCAAAUGAAGAUAGUGGACAGGCUGAUGGAACUUUGGGGUAUCAUGAGGUGGAUAAAAAGGCUUUUAAAUUAUAUAAUAAAGGCUUUUGCGUUUGCCAUUUUCUCGAUUCCAAAAACAAGCAUCAACAAUUACAAUACGACAACAGAUCUGAAACAACUUCAUUAAUAAUAGAGGACCAAUGGUACUCCUUUAACGAGCCAGAACAUGCCGCUUUUAUUCACAAACUUGAUUGGAUUUCAAACCAUGAGUUUGGGGGGAUUGGGCUUUUUAGUAUUCAAGGAGACGACCCUUUAAACAACUGUACGAGAGGUCUUCUUCCUUUACACAGAACAGUUGGUGACCGCUUCAAAUGCCGUCGUGGGACAAAACGGGGGAAUUUGGAACAGCUUGGAGAAUGCACUCGUCUCUGCUUCCUUGAUUUAGAAGAAAGCAGAAAUUCCUUCGAGUUUGAACAACUUCAACCUGGCUGGUGUUCUCAUAUGGUAAUAGGGCAAGCAUCUGUAAAUCCCUAUGUUUAUUCUGGCCCAAGUAAAGGAAUGAACCUGGCACUUAAAUUGUAUAAUGAUUGGGAACGGGAAAGGAAACCUUUUUUGUAGGUUUUUGAGUUAAUAGAAUUAAAAUCAGAACUUGUAGAAAUAAAUAUAGAAUUGUACAAACUUAGA